GUGGGGAAGGGCUUAAAGGCUGAGUCAAAAGCCAAGAAGUCUCUUUAUUUACGCCUACCUCCCAGCCCCUGGCAAUCUGACUAAUAACAAACUGAGCUAACAAGAAAGACUAGAAAGAACAGAGAGCACAGAGGAGCAGCUUGCAUCUAAAAAUCUGACAAACCAAGUGAUCAAGUCAAGCUCUGCUGAGCAUCUUGUUUGUUUGCUGCAUCAAAAUGCUUGCAAACAGUUAACUAUAUGCAGAAAAGUCAGCCUAGCUGUGAAGUAUGCUGUGAAUUUUAAUUGAGGAAAAAGGACAACUGCUUACAGGAUGGUCUGACGUGCAUGGCUGCCUGGAAGAUUUUUUCAAUCGAACGCUUUGUACUUUGUCUACUGAACAAGGAUUUUAACUUUAUGGAGCUGUAGUAUUACCGGAGCUUGCAGCAAAGGGAAACUCAAAAGAAAGUGCACAUUUUUUAGAGGGAAAAAUUACAUUGCAUGGAAACAGCUGCUCCAACUGUGCAUUACUGAGUGUAUCAGGGAGAGCUGCUGCUGUACAGAAUCUGCUGGUCAAGAUGAAGCUUUGGAUUUUUGUUCUAUGGUCAGCUGUGGUUGCAUCUGAUCCUUUCCAGCCACAGCCUUCUUUUUCUUCAGUCGGUGGAUCUUGUCAGAGUCUAUGUUCCUGUGAAGAAAAGGAUGAUGCCAUGAUUAUCAACUGUGACAAAAGAGACAUCAAGAUGAUAUCAGAAAUAAAUGUCCCACCAUCACGGCCUUUCCAUCUUAAUCUGUUAAAUAAUGGUCUGAGUAUGUUACACGUGAAUGAUUUUGCUGGCCUUGUUAAUGCUAUUUCUCUGCAUCUUGGUUUUAACAAUAUAGCAGAUAUUGAACCUGGGGCUUUCAAUGGUCUGAUCUUUCUUAAGCAACUUCAUAUCAAUCACAAUUCUUUGGAAACACUUAAAGAAGAUACGUUUAAUGGAUUGGAAAAUUUGGAGUUUCUUCAAGCAGACAACAAUUUCAUCACAGUGAUUGAAGCAAGUGCCUUUAGCAAGCUCAACAGGCUUAAAGUGCUUAUUUUGAAUGAUAAUGCCAUUGAGUAUCUUCCUCCAAACAUAUUUCGGUUUGUGCCAUUGACCCAUUUAGAUCUGCGUGGAAACCAGUUACAAACAUUGCCCUAUGUUGGCUUUUUGGAACACAUUGGAAGAAUACUAGACCUUCAGUUGGAAGACAAUAAAUGGGCCUGUAACUGUGAUUUGUUGCAGCUGAAGAUAUGGCUAGAAAACAUGCCUCCUCAGUCCAUAAUAGGUGAUGUUGUAUGCAACAGUCCUUCCGUUAUCAAAGGCAGCAUAUUAAGUCGGCUGAAAAAAGAAUCACUUUGUCCCACCCAUCCUGUUAACGAACUUGAAGAUCCUUCUGGGUCACUGCCCUUGGUUGUAACCACCUCUAUCAGUGAUAAUCAUCUAUCAACUAAGGUGAUUCCUCUCCUGAAAGCUCCUACUAAAGAACCAAGUUUAGUGCUUCAUACUUCCAAGCCUACUAUAUUUCCAGGAAUCUCUUGUCCUGUCCCUUGUCACUGCACCAGCCAUAUGCUCUCAGGAGUUCUUAUGCACUGCCAGGAGCGAAAUAUAGAAAGCUUGUCUGAUUUAGGACCCCCUCCUCCAAAUCCUAAAAAGCUUAUUCUAGCUGGAAACAUUAUUCAGACACUAUUGAAAUCAGAUCUUGCGGACUAUCCCAGCCUGGAAAUGCUUCACCUUGGGAACAAUCGCAUUGAGAUCCUUGAGGAAGGUUCCUUUAUGAAUCUGACUAGGCUACAGAAACUAUAUCUCAAUGGCAAUCAUCUUACAAAGCUAAGUCAGAAUCUCUUCCUUGGCCUUCAGCACCUUGAGUACUUGUACCUUGAAUAUAAUGCCAUCAAAGAAGUUUUGCCAGGGACAUUUAAUGUAAUGCCAAAACUGAAAGUCCUCUACCUAAAUAACAACCUGCUUCAGGCUUUGCCACCCCAUAUUUUUUCAGGUGUUCCUCUCACCAGAUUAAAUCUGAAAACAAACCAAUUUGCUCAUUUGCCUGUGAGCAAUGUCUUGGAUGAACUGGAUAUGCUGGUACAAAUUGAGCUUGAAGACAACCCUUGGGACUGUACUUGUGAUUCAGUUGGACUGCAAAAAUGGAUACAAAAAUUGAGUAAGAAUACCAUGAUGGGUGAUAUUUUUUGUAAAUCUCCCGGGCACUUAGCAAAAAAAGAAUUGAAAUCCCUAAACAGUGAAGUCUUGUGUCCAGGUUUAAUAAAAAGCCCUGCCCUACCAACUCAUGCCAGUUUUGUAGUCGUGACGACUUCUUCUCCUACUGCCAACACUGCAGACACCAUCCUGCGAUCCCUUACAGAUGCUGUCCCACUUUCUGUUCUAAUAUUAGGACUGCUCAUUGUGUUUAUAACUAUUGUAUUUUGUGCAGCAGGAAUAGUUGUUCUUGUUCUGCACCGGCGUCGAAGAUGCAAAAAGAAACAAGUGGAUGAACAAGUGAGGGACAGCAGCCCUGUUCACCUUCAGUACAGCAUGUACGGGCAUAAGACAACACACCACACCAUGGAGCGCCCAGCUGCGACUCUCUAUGAGCAAAGAAUAGUUACCCCUAUGGUUCAGGUGUACCACAGCCCAUCCUUCAGUCCCAAGCAUACUGAGCAGCAACAGGAGGAGGGAAGUGAGAAGGAAGCAAAUGAUUCCAAAUAUCUUCGCCGAAGUCUCCUGGAAAGAGAGAACAGUUCACCACUUACAGGUCCAAAUGUCAAAUACAAGGCUAGAGAUCAAUCUGCUGAAUUUCUGUCUUUUCAGGAUGCUAGCUGCUUGUAUAGAAACAUUCUUGAAAAAGAGAGAGAACUGCAGCAACUAGGGAUCACAGAGUACCUAAGGAAAAAUAUUGUCCAGCUCCAGCCUGACAUGGAAGUUCGUUAUCCUGGAACACAUGAAGAGUUGAAGUUAAUGGAGACACUCAUGUACUCCAGGCCAAGAAAGGUUUUUCUAGAACAAACUAAAAAUGAGUAUUUUGAACUCAAGGCUAAUUUACAUGCUGAGCCUGACUAUUUGGAAGUCCUGGAGCAGCAAACAUGAAGUGAUAGUACAUUGGGCUGGACCGAAUUUCUAUCGUUUUACUUUAAGGUGGAAUCACUGUAAAUAAAAGUGCCUUAUAAAAACAUGUCAACAGUGAGAACUUAAGCACAGCAGUAAUCCUAGGAAAGAAAAACUCAGGGAUCACUGUGGGAAGCCAUGGGGUUGUGUGCAGGCAAUAUGUCGCACCCCAAGUUAAAUAAGAAAUUUGUGUGUUUGAACAGUGGAAGGAAGAUUGCUUAUUGCAUUAUUCAUCAUCAUUUUGAGAAGGUGUGUAUGUCACUCCCCAUUCUGCCUUUACCCUUCUUUUUUCCCCUCAAUUCGAUUCCUUAAAAAAAAAAAAAAAAAGAAAAAAAAAGAAAAAAGAAAAA